AUGGCAGUGCCAGCUCCUAUGGUAUCCGAACGGAUGAAUAAUCCAAAGAAUCCAGUCGUCUUUUUCGACAUCUCUAUUGGAGGCCAGGAUAUUGGCCGUAUUCAACUCGAGCUCUUCGCCGAUGUGACGCCUAAAACUGCGGAAAAUUUCCGCCAACUCUGCACAGGCGAGUAUCGCAAGGAUGGCGUACCCACGGGCUACAAGGGCUGCACCUUCCAUCGAAUCAUUAAGGAUUUCAUGGUCCAAGGUGGAGAUUUCGUUAACGGAGAUGGGACCGGUUCUUGCAGUAUUUACGGUGGCUCCAAGUUCUCCGACGAAAAUUUCAUAAUGAAGCACUCUUCGCCGGGGAUGCUUUCGAUGGCGAAUAGUGGGAAAGACACUAACGGCUGUCAGUUUUUCAUCACCUGUGCUCCUUGUGACUUUUUGGACGGAAAGCACGUUGUAUUCGGUCAAGUCGUCGACGGUAUGCUGGUGCUCAAGAAGAUUGAAAAUGUUCCCACGGGACCUCACAAUCGUCCCAAGGUCCCUGUUGUUAUUACCCAAUGUGGAGAAAUGUAG